GUCGUGGAGCAUGACCUUAGCGUCCUAGAUUACUUAUCUGAUUUCAUUUGCUGCCUCUAUGGGAAGCCUGGCGCAUAUGGAGUUGUAACCCUUCCCUUUUCUGUCAGAGAAGGAAUUAAUAUAUUUUUGGCCGGAUUUGUUCCCACAGAGAACCUGCGUUUUCGGGAUGAAUCUCUUACUUUUAAGGUAAAAUUGUCAAAUAUAUGGAGUGUCUUAACGCAGCUGUGGUACUAUUUACUUCACUUUUGUUCUCCCCCAGGUUGCCGAGACUCCGGAGGAAAGCGCUGAGGAAAUUGAAACAUAUGCACGAUACAAAUACCCAACAAUGAGUAAAACUCUGGGUAAUUUCAAGCUUCGUGUGAUAGAGGGUGAAUUUACUGAUUCCCAGAUUAUUGUAAUGCUCGGUGAGAAUGGAACAGGGAAGACAACAUUUAUUCGCAUGCUGGCUGGUUUAUUGAAGCCCGAUACCGUUGAAGAUUCUGAUGUCGAGAUUCCUGAGUUCAAUGUUUCUUACAAGCCCCAAAGAUUUAAAUCUUCAGUCAGGGACCUACUCCAUCAAAAAAUACGUGAUUCAUGUAUGCACCCUCAGUUUGUGUCAGACGUCAUGAAGCCUCUUCAAAUUGAGCGAUUAAUGGAUCAAGAAGUUGUAAAUCUUUCUGGUGGGGAGUUGCAGAGAGUUGCAUUGUGUCUGUGCCUUGGGAAGCCUGCGGACAUUUAUCUGAUAGAUGAACCAAGUGCAUAUCUCGACUCUGAGCAGCGUAUUGUUGCUUCAAAAGUCAUUAAAAGAUUUAUCCUUCAUGCGAAGAAGACUGCAUUUGUGGUGGCGUGAUUUCAUAAUGGCAACAUAUUUGGCAGAUAG